AUGCUCUAUUGUCUUCGUCAAGAAGAGAUGUCUCUACACGAUCUCACCCAAAGGCUGAUCACCGUCAUCACUCAUGUCGAUGAAAUCAUGCAGCAGGAGAUACGCCCACUGCUUGCAGUUGACAUCAUUGAACAGCUACAGAAACAGUUCGCCAUCUUAUCAGGCGGGCGGAGCAAAGAUGGAGCUCCCAUCAUCACCUUCCCAGAGUAUUCCACCUUCCCAGAUCUGCCUGACCAAGACUUUUUAAACGUUUUGACGUAUUUGACCAGCAUUCCCAGUCUGCACUCUGCCAGCAUUGGGUUUAUCAUCAUUAUAGACCGAAGGAGGGACAAAUGGAGUUCGGUCAAGGCUUCUCUAACGAGGAUAGCGGGAGCAUUCCCAGGAAACCUGCAGCUGGUGUUUGUGCUCAGACCUUCCCGUUUCAUCCAGAGAAAAAUGGCCGAGUUCGGCAUCAAAUCCUUUCGUGACGACUUUAAAAUGAAGGUACCGAUCAUUAUGUUAAACUCGGCGUCGGAUUUAUUCAGCUACAUUCAGAAGAGCGAGCUGACUAAAAACCUGGAUGGCACCCUGGAAUAUUGUCACAGUGAAUGGAUUCAUCACCGAACUGCAAUUGAAAACUUUGCCCUGACAGUGAAGUCCACGGCACAGAUGUUGCAGUCGUUCGGCACAGACCUGGCUGAGACGGAGUUACCCAAUGACAUCCAGUCCACACAGGAGCUGCUCACCGCUCAUACUGAAAAACAAAACCAUCUGAAGGAGAAGCUGAGAUUGGCGAUGAAGGAAGGCAAAACUCUCCUGAUGUGCAUUAAGGAACCGACGACUCAAAGCCUUAAUUAUACGCUGAAUUUCGACGAAGAGGAAAAUGUCCGCACUGCUGAAAGGUUACUGAUUCAACUGGACGAAACGGAGAAUGCCUUUGACCAGUUUUGGUCUAAACAUCACCUUAAACUGGAACAGUGCUUGCAGUUGCGACACUUUGAGCAGGAUUUUCGGGAGGUCAAAGCCACUCUGGACGUUCUCAUGGAAUCGCAGAUGUCGCUCACGGACAUUGGGGAUAGUGUGCUCCGCGUGGAGCAGCUUCUGAGGGAGGUGUCGCUGCAGGAGGAGAGAGCACAGGAGUCGUUGGAAAAGGCUCAGUCAUUGGCUUCGCAUGGAGACCAACUGAUCCAAAGCGACCACUACGCUGUGGACUCCAUUCGGCCAAAGUGCAACGAGCUCAGGCGCAUCUGCGACAACUUCAGCAACGAAGUGAAGAAAAGGCAGGGCACGCUCAGCAAAUCCCUUGAGGUCCACACGUGCCUGGACAAGGUCAGCCAGUGGUGUGAAGCGGGGAUCUAUCUCCUGGCCUCUCAGGCAGUUGACAAGUGCCAGUCACAAGAGGGUGCUGAGGCUGCUCUCCAGGACAUCGAGAACUUCCUUGAGACGGCCAGUGACCACCAGCUGACCAAGCUCAACGAGUUCUACCAACAAUUCGAACUGGAAUUCUUUCUCAUGUCUGUGAAGGCCAACGUCCAGAGAGGUCUUCAGAAGCUCGAAGACAUCCAAGAAAUGAUCGAGAAACGUCAAAUUAGUUUGAAGAAGUUGGCGGCCAAACAGACCCGCCCAGUUCAACCCGUCGCCCCCCGACCAGAGUCAUCUCCAAAGAGGUCCUCGCCCAAACCAGCCAGAGCACCAAGCCUCGCUCCUAAUCGAAGGCAUUCAGAAAAUAUUGUCAUCUCAAAGCCUCCUGCCGAGACAGAGUUAGCAAAGAAAAGAAACGCAAAAAAACCCAAAGGAAACAAUUUAAACUUAAAGAUUGAAGUGAUGCAUGAAGCCAGCCAGGGAGGGUCCAGUCACAUCCAAGUCGCAGUUGAAAGCGAAGAGAAUCUACCGACCCGCAGAAGACACAUCAUGCAUGAACUGAUAGAGACAGAACGAGUCUAUGUGGAAGAGCUACUGAGUAUAAUCGAGGGUUAUGCGACUGAGAUGGAGAAUCCUGAGCUGGUUCCCCUGAUCCCACUUGCCCUGGAGAACAAAAAAGAAGUCCUCUUUGGGAACCUUCCAGAAAUCUACGAUUUUCACAACAAGAUAUUUCUCAAAGAGCUGGAAAACUGCACAGAAAAUCCUGAACUUGUAGGGACGUGUUUCCUAAAAAGGAAAGAAGAUUUACAGAUUUAUGAAAAGUACUGUCAGAACAAACCGCGCUCUGAGGCUCUCUGGCGGCAAUGUGGAGACUGCCAGUUCUUCCAGGAAUGUCAACGCAGACUGAGCCACAAGCUCCCACUCGAUACCUACCUGCUGAAACCAGUCCAAAGGAUUACAAAAUAUCAGCUUCUCCUGAAGGAAAUGCUGAAGUGCAGCAAGAACUCGGAAGGGACGGCCGAGCUGGAGGAGGCGCUGGAAACCAUGAUCAGUAUCAUCAAAUCUGUCAACGACUCCAUGCACCAGAUUGCUAUCACUGGGUUUGAGGGAGACUUGAAUGACCUGGGGAAGCUGCUGAUGCAAGGAUCUUUCAACGUGUGGACCGACCACAAGAAAGUGCAGAGCAAGGUGAAGGAUCUGGCCCGCUUCAAGCCCAUGCAGAGGCACCUGUUCCUUUACACUAAACUGCUGCUGUUCUGCAAGAGGCGAGAAGAGAACGCGGACGGACACGAGAAGUCCCCAUCGUACGGCUUCAAGCAUUCACUGAAGAUGAGUGCGGUUGGCAUCACGGAGAACGUAAAGGGAGAUAUCAAGAAGUUUGAGAUCUGGUACAACGGCAGGGAGGAGGUGUACAUCAUUCAGGCAUCUUCCGUGGAGCUGAAGAACCUCUGGGUGUCUGAAAUCAGGAAAGUGCUGACAGGACAACUGCAGGCCUACAGAGAUGCCAGUCAGCUGAACCAAAGGAUCCAGGAACAAGUGUACCAUGCUCCACUGAACACACCUAACAGAAACCUUAGGAAAUCAUUUGGCCAUCAGCAAGAUAACAAGUCAGCGUCAUCCAGUCCUGAGACAGGGAAUAAGCAACAAGGAAACCUCAACAACAGGCACAAGAAAGCUGAUGCUCCUUCGGCUCCUAACCUUGACCGCUCUGCUCUUGCUAAAAAGCGAUUUACAUUACAGGGCCUUUCGAACCGCAGGUCACAGCAGAAAGAGAUACAGCCUAAGGAACCUGCUGUCGUCCGACGCUUUUCUUUAGCUUCCUCACGAGGCAAAGGUUCACUCUCUGGCCUCGAUGUUAAGGCCAAGCGAUAUGAGAUAAAGAGUGACCCCACUCCGUUCGGGUUUGAAGAUUCGUUGCCGGAUCCAUCCCUGGCUCCAAACAAGCAGCGAUGUGCGAACAGCCACAUCACCAGGUCCACCUCCCAGACAGGUUGGUCCAGUAAACCCAUCCCAUCCAUGGACACGUGCGAGGACUUUGACGCCAUCCCUUCGAGUACAGAGGAACUCUCCAACUCCUCCGACAUGGAGGAGGAAACGUCCAUCAAAACUACUCCGCGUCUAUUCCGAGCGGAAACCGCUUACGAGGCCAAGUCGUGUGCGGAGCUGACGGUGCAGGCCGGGGAGGUGCUGGAGGUGCAGCAGGAGGCCGGCGAGGGGCUCUGGCAAGUGAGAAGCCUCGUUUCGUAUAAGGUUGGGUGGGUUCCAUUCAGCCUCCUGCUACCGGUCACCUCUGAGAGCAAGCCAAUUCACAAAGAGAACAGUUCGGAUUUCUACAGCGACAUGUGCACAGCGGCUCUGGCUGAUACUGAGAGCGAGACGCUGGGAUUCGUGACGAGUUUCUCACCGGAGACAAGGACUGAGAGCUGAGCGGGGCACCCUUCUCUCUCCCCCCAACCACCCCCUCGCCUCCCCACUCCACCCCCACCACCACCGUUCCCCCCCAAGCUUUCCCACCUUUUCAUCAGGAUUCCCACCAUCAGAGGAGCUGAGACGUUUACUCCUCGGUGACCCUUCAGACCAGCUCGGAACAUCACACCCUCUCGGCGGGGGAAAAGCCCUUCACACAGCGGGUGUUACACUGAGCUUUCCCCUCGUCUGUGCCCUGUUCAGGCGGACUUUAAAGACCCCGCGGCGCUAACAGAAAUAGAGAAGGGAGUUUCUCUCUCUCCGGUGACAAUCUUUCUCCCAUCCCCAGAUAAUCCAGAUAAAAAUGGGUUAUUGGCUCUGUGGCUGUUUGCUGUUUGCACAUCGCCGUGCGCAA